CCAAACCCGCCAGUCAAGAAGGGGCGCACCAAUACGCCAUGGACUCCUGCCGAAGAGCAGAGACUCAAGACGUUGCGCGAUGCCGGCAGUAGCUGGAGCGAGAUUGCAAAGACCUUUCCCACCAGAACGGAGGGAAGCGUGAAGAAGCAUUGGUACAAAGAUAUGCACUAUGCCGAGUUCGCGGAAGACGAGAGCGCCGCUUUACUGCAGGCAAUCAAAGACUAUGAAAACAACAAGUGGAAGGUGAUUGGACAGAAGGUGGGCAAGCCCGCAAAGGCCUGUGAACAGUUCGCAAAGGAACAAGGCUGGAAGGUCUGA